AUGGAUGUUGAGUCGUCGAGGCAACAAGGUCCCAAGGGGGACGCCAGCUCCAACUCCAUGGCUGCGGCCUCCGAGGUCUCUGUGGACUGGAGGGGCAGGCCUUGCAGGCCUGAAAGGCAUGGAGGCAUGAAGGCUGCUGUGUUAGUCCUAGGGAUCCAGGCGUUCGAGAUCAUGGCGAUCGCGGCGGUGGGGAACAACCUCAUCACCUACGUGUUCAACGAGAUGCACUUCCCGCUGUCCAAGUCGGCCAACAUCGUCACCAACUUCAUAGGCACCAUGUUCCUCCUCUCCCUGCUCGGCGGCUUCCUCUCCGACUCCUACCUCGGCAGCUUCUGGACCAUGCUCAUCUUCGGCUUCGUCGAGCUCUCAGGGUUUAUACUGCUGGCGGUGCAGGCGCACCUGCCGCAGCUGCGCCCGCCGGCGUGCGACAUGAAGGCGGCCGGGCAGUGCGAGGAGGUGGCCGGGGUGAAGGCCGGCAUCUUCUUCGCCGCGCUCUACCUGGUGGCGCUGGGCAGCGGGUGCCUCAAGCCCAAUAUCAUCGCCCACGGCGCCGACCAGUUCCGGCGGGACGGCGAGGAUCAGGCCGUCGAUGGCGGGAAGCGGCUCUCCAGCUACUUCAACGCGGCCUACUUCAGCUUCUGCGUGGGCGAGAUGGUGGCGCUCACCGUGCUUGUCUGGGUGCAGACACGCUCCGGGAUGGACGUCGGUUUCGGGGUCUCUGCCGCCGCCAUGGCGGUCGGCCUUGUCAGCCUCGUCGCCGGCGUCUUCUUCUACCGGAACAAGCCACCGCAGGGCAGCAUCUGCACGCCCAUAGCAAAGGUCUUCGUCGCCGCGGUAGCCAAGAGGAAGCAAGUGUGCCCAUCGUCCAGGGCCACAGUGCAGGGCAUGUCCUCCACGGGUGCACAUGAGACGCGUCUCAACACCACCAAUAUCUGCCGCAUCAAUAAGUUAAGGUUCUUGGACAAAGCGUGCGUGAAGGCGCAGGACGGUGGCAGCAAAGAGAGCGAGUGGGGGCUGUGCACGGCGGCGGAGGUGGAGCAGGUGAAGGUGCUGCUGUGCGUGGUGCCCAUCUUCGCGUGCACCAUCGUCUUCAACACCAUCCUCGCGCAGCUUCAGACCUUCUCCGUGCAGCAAGGGAGCGCCAUGGACACCCGGCUCGCCGCCAACUUCCACGUCCCGCCGGCGUCGCUCCAGGCCAUUCCCUAUAUCAUGCUCAUCGUCCUCGUCCCGGCCUACGAGGCCGUCUUCGUGCCCGCCGUGCGCCGCCUCACGGGGGUCGGCACGGGCAUCACGCCGCUCCAGCGGAUCGGGGUCGGCCUCUUCGCCGUCACCUUCUCCAUGGUGGCCGCCGCGCUGGUCGAGGCCCGCCGCCGUCACUCGUCCGUCUCCGGAGACGGGCGAGCGCUGUCCAUCUUCUGGAUCGCGCCGCAGUUCCUGGUGUUCGGGCUGUCGGAGAUGUUCACGGCCGUGGGGCUCAUCGAGUUCUUCUACAAGCAGUCGCUCUCCGGCAUGCAGGCCUUCCUCACCUCCAUGACCUACUGCUCCUACUCCUUCGGCUUCUACCUCAGCUCCGUGCUGGUGUCGCUCGUCAACAGGGUGACCUCGAGGAAUGGCGGAAAUGGCUGGCUCAGCAACAACGACCUCGACAAGGACAGGCUAGACCUCUUCUACUGGCUCCUGGCCGCGCUCAGCGUCCUCAACUUCUUCAACUUCCUCUUCUGGUCGAGGUGGUACUCCAACAGCGUCGAGACGGUGCAGGUUGCCGGAGUUGGAGGCGAUGGUGGCAGCAGUGAGCAGGAGGAUGAGAAGGGCUCUGCGUGA